UGAAAGACACUGCAGAUCUUUUUGAGCGACGGCAACAGAGUGAGCCAAUCUGCACCCCUUCCCUUCUGUACCUGCCUGCUGUACCAUGGGAUGUCGGCAAAGCUCUGAGGAGAAAGAGGCAGCGCGGCGGUCCCGUAGGAUUGACCGCCACCUGCGCUCUGAAAGUCAGCGACAACGAAGAGAGAUAAAACUCCUCCUCCUGGGCACCAGCAAUUCUGGGAAGAGUACUAUCGUAAAGCAGAUGAAAAUCAUUCACAGCGGUGGCUUUAACUUGGAGGCCUGUAAGGAAUACAAACCUCUGAUUAUCUAUAAUGCAAUUGACUCUCUCACACGUAUCAUUCGGGCUCUGGCCACCCUCAAGAUAGAAUUUCACAAUCCUGACAGAGCAUACGAUGCAGUGCAGCUUUUUGCCCUGACAGGCCCAGCUGAGAGCAAAGGGGAGAUUACCCCGGAGCUGCUGGGGGUGAUGAAGAGGCUGUGGGCAGACCCCGGUGUGCAGGAGUGCUUCUGCCGCUCCAACGAGUACCACCUGGAGGACAACGCUGCCUACUACCUGAACGACCUGGAACGGAUCGCAGCCCUGGACUACAUCCCCACGGUGGAAGAUAUUCUGCGGUCUCGGGACAUGACCACAGGGAUUGUAGAAAAUAAGUUCACCUUCAAAGAGCUGACUUUCAAAAUGGUGGAUGUGGGUGGACAGAGAUCUGAACGCAAAAAGUGGAUCCACUGUUUCGAGGGGGUUACAGCAAUAAUUUUCUGUGUGGAGCUGAGUGGGUAUGACUUGAAGCUGUAUGAAGAUAACCAAACAAGUCGAAUGGCAGAAAGUUUGCGUCUCUUUGAUUCCAUCUGCAACAACAACUGGUUUAUCAACACUUCCCUCAUCCUUUUUUUGAAUAAGAAAGAUCUGCUGGCAGAAAAAAUCCGACGCAUCCCCUUAACAGUCUGCUUUCCUGAAUACAAAGGCCAAAACACUUACGAGGAGGCAGCAGUCUACAUCCAACGCCAGUUUGAGGACUUGAAUCGCAACAAGGAGACCAAGGAGAUCUACUCACACUUCACCUGUGCCACUGAUACCAGUAACAUACAAUUUGUGUUUGAUGCAGUGACAGAUGUCAUCAUUCAGAACAAUCUCAAAUACAUUGGCCUCUGCUAAGAAUCCUUGGGUUUAAUCUGUUUUCCUGGAGUGAUAAAAAAGGGGCUAACUUCUUCCACUUCUGGUGGAAAAAAAUUGGGCAAUGCUUACUAGCCCAAGGAGAGAAAAGGGGGAAAUCUGAUAUACGAACACAGUUCCUCUUAUGCCCCCUUAACCUGCUACAUAAUUUUCCUCAAAUAUAUGUUCUGGAGAGUGAGAGCCUCCUCUCCAAGAAAACCAAACACCCCCAGUGGAAAAAAAAAAAAAAAAAAAACAACCAAAAACUCAAAAAGCCCAAACAAAAUCAAAAAAAGAGAUUGAGGCCAAACUCUGUGGAGAUGUUUCACCACAGUCACUGCACUUUUAUUCCAUUUGUUUCAUUCCAUUUCCUACAGUGGGAGUGUUAUCAUGUUCUGUGUAAGAAAUGACUCUUCAUCCAGUUGUCCUAAAAUUUUAUUGACAUAAAAAUAUAAAUCUGGUGAGUGACAGAUGAACUUGUUUGCAGGGUGGGGAGCAGAAUGCUUGUGUUGGGGAGAAAAGCUAGUUCAAACCAGAACUUACUGAAUGAGAGAGUUUAAGCAAAAUACUACUUAAAUCUGUAGAGAGUGGGCAUGUACCCACAAUAUUGGUAUCCACAGUCAAGAGUAUGUACACAUCCAUCAUGUAUGCACAUGCACAUGACUCUCAGCAUAUACUAUGUACACACCUCUGCUUUACUUUACUGUUUCUCAUGGACACCUUGCCUAUUAAAGGAAUUGUUGGUGCGCAACUGUUUUGUGAGUUCCUAACUACUAGCAGCUCUUUCUGCUCUUUAUGGCUUCAAAUAUGCAGCAAAACUACAUGAAAUGAAUCUUUGAAUAGGCCAAAUUAAGGUCGGUGUUUCUUCUACAGUUAAGGAAUUUUAUACAUCAAAACAGUCUUCUUUUACAUCUUUUUUUGCCAAAUCUUGUGGUGUUUCAUGAAAAACCAAAUUAUAUUAAAAAGUAGGUUAGUGUUCCUUUUUUAAUACAGAUUAAAAAAAGAAAUCACAAAGCAAUUUUUUAAAUUAUUGUUGUAGUGUCUGGAUUGCUGAAUGUGAAAGUUGCCAACGGACAAUUCUGUUCCACUGCUCCAAAUACCUUCUGGGUAUUGUAAUAUUAUAACAGAUUUCCCAAGAAGCAGGAGCCAUGGAGAUUGUGUAGUGUAUAACCUCAAAAGUCUUUUUUUGUUGGUUUUAAAAAUUAUUUUUAAAAUGUGAUGUGUUAUUAGAAGGUUAAAGAUGAGCGAUAUGAACAAUAAUUAAAUGUCUUGUUAUUUCAAUUUAAUAAUUUAAAUUAUUUACAGUUUAGUGAAGUUAAGGAAACUGAAGAGAUGCAAUCCUCAGCUCCAGGUUUCAUCUCAUAAAGAAACACUACUGGAGUAACAUUCCUGCGAAAGUUAGAAUGCAUAAGAAGCUCUGUGGGACUACACUGGAAAAUCUCAUAUGGAUGAUAUAGACCUAAGUCUUUGGUUCUUUGCCCUGCCAUAGAAAAGACUUCUUAAAGAUAUCAGUGUAAAGUUGGUGUGUAAAUAAAUGUUUGAUAACUGUAAAGCACAUACGUACACAGAGACACAGACACACGUGCACACUGGAAAAUCACCUUCUACUUUUGUUCCCCUUAUGUACUAUGAUUAGUGCAAGAAAUCUCAGCCAAGGGCUCUAAGAAAAUUAAAACAAAAUGGUUAAUAACAUCAACAUUUAAAUUGUCCACUUCAAAAAUAAAUAAUUCAAAUGAUA